AUGAAUGGUAGCACAAACUGCCCAGAAAAAAAAAAAAAAAUAUGUAUAACGAAUAUUCAAGACUUUCGUAAUAUCUAUAUGGUUUGGCAAGACUUGUUUAAAUUUGGCUCGAAAAAAAACGAUUCUCAACAAAAUGAAUCAAAUGUAUAUUCACAACCUUAUGUUAAGGAAUAUGAGUCUAAGCAAGAAUGUCUGGUCCUUGACACAUCAACAGGAAGCACAAAAUCAAUCUAUCCAAAUCUCGAAGAUCGUGCAAACGAACAAAUAAAUCAAAUGGAUCAACAACAAAAACUCGAAGAGAAGGAAAAUGAAAUAAAUACUAAUCUUCAAACUAUCAACUUUUUAAGUGAGGACGUCAAGGAACAUGAACAAAAACUCGAAGCAAAGGAUAAAGAAAUAUCAAAUCUUCGUAAAACUGUCGAAGAUUUGAAAAAGAAAGUUAAUAUUCAGGAUAUUGAAGGACAAAAACAAAAACUUGAAGCAAAGGAUGAAAUAUCAAAUCUUCAUAAAACUAUCGAAGAUUUGAAAAAUAAAGUCAAUUUUCCGGAUAUUGAUGAACAAAAACAAAAGCUCGAAGCUAAGCUCGAAGCAAAGGAUAAAGAAAUAUCAAAUCUUAGUAAAACUGUCGAAGAUCUGAAAAAUAAGGUCAAUCUUCUGAAUGGUGAAGAAAAAGGUCAAAAACUCGAAGCAAAGGAUAAGGAAAUAACAGAUCUUAAUAAAACUAUCGAAGAUUUGAAAAAUAAGGUCAAUUCUCUGGAAAUUGAAGAACAAGACCAAAAGCAAAAACUCGAAGAAAAGGAUAAAGAGAUAAUAAAUCUUCUUAAAACUAUUGAAGAUUUGAAAAAUGAGGCAUCAAAGCAUCAAUCCGCUUUGGGUAAAGCAACAAACUUUCGACUUAAUGACGAUGAUCGCAACAAUUCGGUUCAACUUAGAGACGACAUUACAUCUUUGCAAAAAAGUCUAAAAGAUUUCUGCAUAGUUAAACCUGGUAUAGAAAUUAAUAAGACAGAGGCAAAUAAUCUUUUGCAACAAUAUGGAUGUACCGAAUUCACUGAUGAUGAAAGUUUUAAGUCACUUCUCAAAGCUGCACUUCAACGAUUUGUUCUCGAAACGAUAACCCAAGAAUAUUCUCAAUUAUCAGAAAAUGAAGAUGAAAAUACAAAGGAUAAAUUACUUGAAACUCGUAUUGUAUCUGGAACAACCAAUUUAUUAAAUAUGAUGAAAGAAUUUGCUAAUUUCCGGGAAGGUGAUGACGAAGUUACCAGAGCAUUUCCUACGAAACUCCGCCAACAAAUCUAUGCAGUUCUCGGAAAUCGCGGAUUUUCCAAAGUUUUAUCGGAAAAUAUAAAUAUUGAACAUCCAUUCAUUGAUGAAAUUCAACAACGACUUAUUGAAAAGAUGAAUAAUUUUAGAACAGUAAAUGAUCCUAACAAAGUAACAAAAUUGAAUAGUAUGGCAGCAAAUAUUAUUCGUGACGUUAUUAGAAUUUUCUUUUUCCGAUUAAAAGUUCAAGAACCUGAAGUUGAUCCACCACGUUGGUUUAAAUAUAAAGAUCAAGUUAAUUCAAUUUUGAUGGAAGGAACAUUCGAUCGUGAUUGUCAGGGUGUAGUGCAGAUUUGCUCGUUCCCGUUGAUAGGUAUUGAUUUGGAUGAUGAAAAUAAGCAAAAAAUACUUGUGCCUGCAACAGGAUUCGCAUUUAUUCAUACUCAUGAAAAUGAACAGCUUUGUACAAAUGAAACAUGGCCGGGAGAGAUAGGUCAUCUCAAAACCAAUACUGUGUUACAAUAUGACGAAGAAUUUAAUCAAGUUGAGUCUUGGGGUUAUCCUGCACUUGCAAAGCGACCUAAACGAAGGAAAGGUGUUCAAUGUGAUUUUAAACCUGUAGAAUUAUUUAAACUUCAUCUUGGUAAUCUGUUUAAUGAUAUGAAACCCAAACUUCCAGUGGAUUAUAAGAAAGCGAUCACCGAUUAUCUUCGGGAAAUAGGAAAGUUGAUAAAAGAAACAAUUACAACUGCUUGGCCAAGCAUUGAAUUUUUUAAAAAUGUUUUACUCGUCAUGACCAUUCCUGCCGAGUAUUCUCAUAGAUCACGUAGUAUAAUGCGUGAAUGUGCAUUUAAUGCUGGUUUAAUUGGUGAACUUGCUUCUGAAAGAUUGCAAUUUACCACUGAACCCGAAGCUGCUGCUAUUUAUUGUAUGAAGCAUUGUCUUAAAGAACCGGCUUUUAUUAUCAAUAAUGACAGUAGAAUCGAUGAAAAUGCAGGUGGUGGGACUGUAGAUCUUACGACUCGUAAAUUACAUAAUAAUAAUCAAUUGGGUGAAAUUACCGAGCGUGCUGGCGAUUUUUGUGGAAGUUCUUGGAUAGAUC